GGGUAGCAGUUGUGCGGCACAGUAAUCUAACAUAGUGUUUACAGACUUUUCGUGCCGCACAAAUAUGUGAUAACUUGAAUUUUGAUUGGUAAGAUUUGGUAAAAUAUUUGCAUAACAAAGAGCCCUGCAUAUUUGUGCGGCACGGGCGACAUGCUCAAAAAUCAUUCUGUUUACGGUCUAUGAUGGUCUUUGAAUUUCUUCUAUAUUGAAUUAAAUCGUGGCAUUGCGUGUGAGAUCGAUCAAGUUCGGUCCUGCGUUUGUUGUAUAAAGAGAGCAAAAUGUAUUAUCUGUAAGGUGGAAAAAAAAAGAUUGUGGUGAACACGAUUGUCUUAUUUCAAUGACUGAAGACUAAAACUAAAUUCCGAAAAUCUGACGGUCUACCGUGCGACCUGUGCGACACCUUGAAUCCGCCCCUGCUUUGUGUCUUCAAAGGGCCAAGAUAUCCUUUUUAUCCUUUCAUCCUUUUAUCCUUCCAUAAACUAUCAGUGUCGCAUCGAAAAUAGACGCCAUGAUUUUGGUCGUAGUCAAACAAAUGCUCUUCAUUAAAGCCAACAAAGAUAUUGGCUAAGGCAUGCCCCAGAGGGCUACCCUUAGCGACACCACCAAUUUUUUGAUACAUUUCAUUGUUAAAGCUGAAUUCAACUGAACGUGUCGCAGUUUGCAUCAGUUCAAUUCAAUGAAACUUUUAUUCUUUGCUUUCUUACGAGGCAAGCGCUGCAUAACCCAAACAUCAAACGACAGAAACCCAUUUUCAGCUUGAUUGGAGGUGUCCUAGAAUCGAUGUAUAAAGAAGAUCACAGUAUCUAUAACCGGUUUAAAGCAAGUCGAAGUCGAUAGAUCAGCCAGAAAGCAUGAAGAUUUAUAGAUGCAUCAGUUUGCUGCGUUUUAGAAACCAAGUAUUUUUUCUUGCCCUCUCUCUGGUGAUUAUACUGCUUAAAGUUUCCUAUGAAAAGGGAAAAGACGAUUGUCGUCAAGCAGGGACCAGACAGAAAAGAUCUUCUGUAGAGCCAACUGAAUUUGCUAACAGCAGUUCUCAGAAGCAAACGGAUGCCAAUGCUGCACAAAAUGCACUGACAGCAACAGCCAUUCAGAGGUUAGCAACAAGGCAGCAACGAAAAAAACUUAUCCUUUUCUACACUACUCUGUGGAAUAGUAUACAGUGGCCAGAAAUGGAAACCAGUGAACGAUUUGUCAGUUGGAGAGGACAUCCUUGUAAAGUUCAGCAUUGUGUAAUCACCCAAAACAAGCAGCUGCUCCCAAAAGCUGAUGUUGUGCUCUUCCAUGCAUUGGGAAGUGACAUGGUUGCGGCAGAGACGCUUUCACGGAUCUCAAAACAUCGACACCAAAAACAAAUAUGGAUUUAUUUCAUUCACGAAAACCCUUACAAUGCACACCCUAGCCCUGGAUUAUUCAAUGGAUUCUUCAACUGGACAAUGACGUAUCAGGGUAAUGCAGAUAUUGUUGUCCCUUACAAUUGGGAAUGGGGCACCUGGGAGAAGAGGCCUGAACCAGAUCAGGCAUUGAAAAGCGUCAAUCACGCAAAGGGUAAGGAAAGACUCGCAUUUGUCAUCAUAGGACACUGCGGGUUGUUCCGUGAGAGAUAUAUAAAAAAAUUACAGGAGUACGUUGAUGUUGACGUGUAUGGUGGGUGCUCAUCUAGAUAUCACAACGAACCAAAAAUUUGUCCAAGAGGCACAAAAGAAUGCAAUGAGAUUAAAAGAAAGUAUAAGUUUUAUCUAGCAUUCGAAAACUCGUUCUGUAGAGACUAUAUUACAGAGAAAUUCUUUAAAACCAUCCUUGAUGGUUAUGCUGUCCCAAUUGUCCUAGGUGGUGCAGAUUAUAAAAAAUGGGCUAUUCCAAACUCAUACAUUGAUGCUCUUGAAUUUGAAACAAUAGAAGUUCUAGCCAAUCAUCUUAAAUACCUGGAUCAGAAUGACGAGGCGUACAACCGUUAUCAUAAGUGGCGAGGGGAUUAUGUACUUGGUCCACCAAGAUCUUGGUCAUGUGAAAUUUGCCGUAAGAUAAAUGAAGAGAGGUUAGAGCGAAAGAGUUAUGAUAAUUUGGGAGACUGGUACAGUAUCGAAGAGAACUGUGGAACAAGAAUAAAGGAGCUUUUUAACCAAAUGCGUAACUCUAAAAUUUCAGAACCCUUUACUGAUGAAUACAUUCACUAAUAUUUUUUGAGUUAUUACCUUAUCUUUGUUUUCUAACUCUCUACUGAUUCUAAACAUUUAAGCUCUUAACCCUUCUAUUUCCUUAGUAACAUCGUUAUUUGCGAUUACUGCUUUUGCAGUCUCAUUUGUAGCAUUGCUAAGCUUCUUAUGAAUUAUAUCUAAAAUUUGAAAUGAAGAAAAAUUUCUUGAAAUUGCUCUAAAAAUCACAGCAAUUGAUGAUGACUUAGUAGCUUUAGUUUUGAAGCAGUUUUUUAUAGCAAAAGAAAAGA